AUAGAGGUGGUAAGAGGACUUGCGGCGGGCCGCUUCGGCUUCUUCUCGGGCCUGCUCCCUCGGCGGUUUCCCGCGCCUUCAGCCGGCCACCAUGGGGAAACGGGAUAAUCGCGUGGCCUACAUGAAUCCAAUAGCAAUGGCUCGGUCAAGGGGUCCAAUCCAGUCUUCAGGACCAACAAUCCAGGAUUAUCUGAAUCGACCAAGGCCUACCUGGGAGGAAGUCAAGGAACAGCUAGAAAAGAAAAAGAAGGGCUCCAAGGCUUUGGCUGAGUUUGAAGAAAAAAUGAAUGAGAAUUGGAAGAAAGAACUAGAAAAACAUAGAGAAAAAUUAUUAAGUGGAAGUGAGAGCUCAUCCAAAAAGAGACAGAAAAAGAAAAAAGAAAAGAAGAAAUCUGGUAGGUAUUCAUCUUCUUCUUCAUCGAGCUCUGAUUCUUCCAGCAGUUCUUCAGAUUCUGAAGAUGAGGAUAAAAAACAAACAAAAAGAAGGAAGAAAAAGAAGAGCCGUUGCCAUAAGUCUCCUGAGACCUCGGGCUCGGAUUCCGAUUCAGACAGCAAGGAUGGUUCAAAAAAGAAAAAGAAGUCCAAGGAUGUAACUGAAAGAGAAAAGGACACUAAAGGACUCAGCAAAAAGAGAAAGAUGUACGAAGAUAAACCAUUAUCAUCUGAGUCGCUGUCAGAAUCAGACUGUGGAGAGGUGCAAGCCAAAAAGAAGAAAAGCGGUGAAGAGCGGGACAGAACAACAGACAGAGCCAGAAAGAGAAGGAAGCAUAAGAAGCACGGCAAGAAGAAGAAAAAGAAGGCCGCCAGUUCAAGCUCAGACUCGCCCUAGUGCCCAGGAAGACCAGGACCCUUGCAGAGUGCAAUGUCAGAGGAGCUCAACUGUGAAGAUUACCACAUACUUAGUAACGUGCAUGACUUCCCUUGUUCUUAGACUUGUCCUGGACUAGUCAGUAGCCACUUGGAUUCCGCUGUGUGAAGGGCCAUGAUUGUUGCCUGCUGCUUGAACACCUUUUCCUCUUCCAGUGCUUGGUGACUCUGGGAGAUAGUACUUUGCAGUCAUACUAGUGGUUAAGAUAUUUGGAAUAAAGCUAAUAUUUUUUUACUAGAAGUACUUAAGAAUAAAUCAACAGAAACUGAAUCUGGAUUCAUCUUUUAAGAUGUAACCAGAAAUAAUGAGAUGACUCUAGUAAAAAUUUUCAAAGUAGGGAUUACAUUAAUAUUUCAGAAUCCUUACUCUGUAGAUAAGUAUAUUUUAAUUUUUCCCCACGUAUACUUUGAUUUACUUGGGGAAGGAGCUUUUAAAGGGGGUGGUUUGCUAUCUCUUUAGCUACCAGAACAGNGUGCCUUUGAUCUCACACAUCCUACUUUUAUGGACACAGUAGCCAUGCUUCCUGGGAGGACAGAGCUGGGCGCCAUCAGUCCUGCCCCUGCCUGAGGUUAGGACAUCCUUAGACUUGGUUGUAUGCUGCUUCCAAUGAACCAGAGAUACCCGGCCCUGUGCAGCAUGAGAAAGCCCCCAAAGCUCGGAAUUUACCUCCACAUCAAUAGUAACUGAAUGUUUUUAGGGUUACAUUGUAUUACAUCAUUUGAAUUCAUUUGACUACACUUUGGCUUUGGAGAGGGAUUGUUCAGUAGACACUGGUACUUCCUGAGCUUGACAGCUGACGAUUCUAAAGCGCAUGCGUUAUACAAGUUUUAACCAGUCAGGAGAUUCUUACAUAGCCAGUGGUAGAUGCUUUAUGUUUUGUAUAAAUUUUGUUUAGGCUGCAAUGUUUAGCUUUUAACUAACUCUUGCUGUCUUAAGUUCAUAACUAUGUUUAAUGGCACACUUUCAAGAUAUUUAGCAUGUAAAAAGCAGGACUUUUGUUUUUUGUUUUUAACGGCUUCAUAUUGAAGCUGAGACUUUACCACAAACCAGUUGCGUGGCAGGCCUGGUAUGCUGUAUCUUGUUACAUAAAGCUAUUGCCAGAAUCUUAGUAAACACAUGGUUUAANAGUUUGUUGUCUUUGUAUAUCAAUCACAGAUUAUGACAUGUUAACUUCUGUGACAGCUACAUCAUUGCUCUUCCUGUGUUGUGUUCUCUAAGACCUUGUGCUGAAUGAUUUGGAAUGUUAAGAGGACUUGAUAACUCACUUUCCUUUUACACUUUUAUAUAAUCUGGUUGUGAAAUAUAACAAUGGACAGUUUUGCCAGUCUCAGAAGUUAUUAUAAUAGAAUAUGCACAGAACAUUUUGGCAUGAAAAGAGGCUGAAUAAAUAGCUAUUUUACUUAAAAUAGCUGUGCUCUUAUCUCCCUUUGGGUCACAGGUCACAAAGUAACU